AUGGUGAUCUUUUUCUACGACAAGGAGCAGAAGAUAGUCGACGGAAAGGAGAAGUGCCUGGUGUCCGAGGUGUUCGGCGAGCAAGGACUGGAACCGGAUAAUCCCAUACUCAUGCAAGCAGGUGAGCGCAGGAUGACAAGCUGGGACGGAGUGGUAAAGAUCUGGGACACGCAGAAUCUGUGGCUCUUUGGUGUGUGUACUCAGUACGAAAGCGUCACGCAGGUGAACCCCCCAUCAAGAAGAGCGGCACAAUGUCCCUCUCACUGAUCCACACCGUGGGCGGCCUCAACCACAAGUCGCGUCGCGACGUCAUCUCACCAGAGGAGCUGACCGGCCCUUUCGAGGACAACGCAAUCCCUCCCUAUACCGGCGGCCCAGCGGACGAGAUGUAUGUGCGCCUGCAUGUGCAGAGAGAGCUGCUGCAGAGGGUGGUGGAGGUGGCGAACAAGGCGAGGAAGCAGCAGCAGCGGUGGGAUGUGAAGCUGACGAAGGGGAUGGCAGUCAAGUCGGCUUAUUCUGUCGAGCUGGCUAACGGCGAGAUCAUGACACUAGAGGGGAGUCCGGGCGACCUUUGCCUGAUACCUCGUGUUUCCGCCUCUCGCCCAGCCACGACCUGCACUGGGAAGGUUGCCGUCAUUGUGGACGCGAUGGCCAAGGAUGCGUCGUUCACCGACAGCCAACUUGAUCAGCUGUCCGGCGAGAUGAUGGUGGUGAGGAGCUUGAGGGACCCUCCAUCUGGGCGUGAAUGUGAUGAUCCAUUGGGGGUGGUCUGCAAUGACAGUCAGGCGUGGGUUGUGUGGUGUAA